UACGAGUCCAGAGACAAGAGACAGACAGAGUGGGUGAAAAAAAACCCAACUUUACGCUCGCCACCAUUACCACCUCUCCCCAUUAGUGUCACUCCCCGCCCGCCUUCAGAUCUGUUCAUCAACUACGACGAUCAGUCAGCCGGAGUUUCCAUCACUUGAACCAAUCUCAUCUAUGAUAACUAAUCUUCAUUUGGCAACGUAAUCUUUAGAUCUACAGCUCUGACUGCAGUCUGCAGAGGAGGAGAAGGAGAAAGAGGUUGUUUUUAUUACUCUUGGGUACAAUUAGAAACCCAAUCAUCUCAAGCUGUCUUUUUCCUCCCUUCAAAUACCCACGUCGAGAUUGCAACUCGUCGGUGGAUACCGAUCUAUUACAAAUCACAAAUGUCACGACCCAUUCUCUGUACAUUUCAUUUUCAAUAGCAGGUGUUAUAGAUGAGGUGUAACAAAGUUAAUUACAUUUGAGGUUGUAUCAAGUUAUGAAAGGUGUAGGAAGUGUUUCAUGAAUGUAUAUGAAUACGAAUUCUGGGGAAUGAACUAUCAUUUGAGAGGAUAGUAGAAGCUUUUUGCAGAUAUGGUGUUAAAUAGGAUAUCGGAACUUUUUUCGGCUGCAAAAAGUCAUUUAUCAAGCACCAAGCCGUCCAAUCGUCCAUCCAUAUCUCCUGAAAUAAGUUCUGCCCACUCGUAUUCGUUUACUGGCUAUGAGCCCAAGACUUACAUGCGUAUAUCAUCGUCACUCCAAGAUUUCUCCACAUAUAACCGACUUGAUCCAGAAGAAGCUAAUCAUGUAUUGGAUGUGAGCUUGAACCAUGCAAAACAAUCACAUCCUCCUUUACCAAGAGGAAAUCUUGGUUCGAGUUUCUCCAAGCACAAGUCAUUGCAAACCACACCUUUAGCACGGAGAAAAUGGGUGAGAGUGAUUACAGUUGCACUCUGCUUGUUGUUAGCUGCUUUGUUUGUAUUUGGCUUCAAGCUUUACUACACUAAUUGGUCUCAAGCAACGUCGAAAUUUUUUGUUGUCCUCGAUUGUGGGAGCACUGGGACACGAGUUUAUGUAUAUCAGGCUUCCAUGAACCAAAAGAGUGAAGGGGAACUCCCUAUCACAUUGACUUCACUGCCAAAAGCUCUUCGGAGAAAGCCUAAUUCGCAGAGUGGCCGUGCUUACAACAGAAUGGAGACUGAACCAGGUUUUGACAGAUUGGUGCAUAAUGUAUCUGGCUUGACUGGUGCAAUAAAACCACUGAUUAAGUGGGCUGAAAAACAAAUUCCAAAGAAUGCACACAAGACCACUUCCCUUUUCCUUUAUGCUACAGCUGGUGUUCGCCGCCUCUCAAGUCCUGAUUCAGAAUGGCUUCUAAAUACCGCAUGGACCAUUCUAAAAGGUUCAUCCUUCAUGUGCCAGAGAGAAUGGAUUAAGACCAUUAGUGGCAUGGAAGAAGCAUAUUUUGGAUGGAUAGCUUUAAAUUAUCAUACAGAAAAUUUGGGGGCUGUCCCCAGAAAAGCAACUUUUGGGGCUCUUGACUUGGGUGGCUCAUCGUUGCAGGUCACUUUUGAGAGUAAAGAUUAUGUGAAUAACGAGACUAGUUUAAGGCUGAGUAUAGGUCCUGUUAGUCACCACCUGAGUGCAUAUUCUCUCUCGGGCUAUGGUCUCAACGAUGCUUUUGACAAAUCUGUGGCGCAUCUUCUCAAGAAACAAACUGAAAUCCAUAAAGUUGAUCCUUUGAAAGGAAAUAUUAAAAUUGAGCAUCCGUGUUUGCUAUCCGGUUAUCAAGAGAAAUAUUUAUGUUCACUGUGUGCUUCAAUUUAUCAUGAAGGUGGUAGUCCCAUGAAUGGUGGAAAAUAUAUGGUUCAAGCCCGGAAGCAGAGGAUUCCUAUCCAGCUUAUUGGUGCUCCCAAAUGGGGUGAGUGUAAGGCACUUGCGAAAAUUGCCGUCAACUUAUCGGAAUGGUCAGAUCUUAACCCGGGUAUUGACUGUGAACAACAGCCAUGUGCUCUCGUCAAUAAUCUGCCACGUCCACAUGGCCAAUUUCAUGGGAUGUCUGGUUUCUUUGUCGUAUAUCGGUUUUUUAAUCUGAGUUUGGAAGCUACCCUUGAUGAUGUCUUGGAGAAGGGCCAGGAGUUUUGUGAGAAAACUUGGAGCAUUGCAAAGAAAAGUGUUGCACCUCAGCCCUUCAUAGAACAGUAUUGUUUCAGAUCGCCAUACAUCGUUUCAUUAUUAAGAGACGGUUUGCACAUUAGCGACACCCAAGUAUCCAUUGGCUCAGGGAGCACUACAUGGACUCUUGGGGUUGCCCUUUUGGAAGCUGGGAAGGUCUUCUCAACAAGAAUGGAUUUUCGUGGCUACAAGAUACUAGAUAUGAAAAUAAAUCCUGUCAUUCUCUUUGCAUUGAUGUUUAUUUCAAUGAUUUUCUUGCUUUGUGCAUUAUCUUGCGUUGGAAAUUGGACUCCAAGAUUUGUACAGAGACCUUAUAUCCCCCUUUUCAGGCAGAGUAGUGCACCUUCUACAUCUCUUCUCCAUAUGCCAUCUCCGUCAUGGUUGCAGCGAUGGUCUGCAAACUCAGGCGGGGAUGGAAAGGUAAAGACGCCACUUAGUCCAACAACUGGCGGUUCAAAUCCGAAACCAUUUGGUGCAGCUCAUGGAUUUGGGGGAAGUGCAAUCGAGCUUGCAGAAUCAUCAUCGUUACACCCAUCCUCAACAAGUGGUGUUUCGCAUAGUUAUUCUUCGGGUAGCCUCGGGCAGAUGCAAUUUAACAAUACUGGAAUGGGCUCUCCUUGGACGUCUCACAGAAACAUAAUGAAUCUGCAAAGCCGGAGAUCACAAUCGCGAGAAGACCUUAAUUCUUCUCUAGCUGAGUUACACCUAGCUAAGGUUUAGGGCUGCUACCUAGUUCAAACACACAAAAUUAAGUCCUGCUAUUAUUAAUCUUACUAUGUUCCUACAAUAUAGAAGAAAUCAACAUCCUUCUUUGUAAUAAAAACCAAACCAUUCUUUUUCUAUUAUCUUCUUUUUCAUUUUCCUUUUGUGCAUGGUUCAAUAUCUAUUACAAAAAUUUAUGUCA